UUUUAUCUCCGAGCUCGGAGAUCUUGUUUGCAUUUGCUCCUCCUCCCUCCUUCCUCACAAUUUUUCUUUGCUAAAAACCAAAAAGCCUUCCUCUACUGCUAGCAACUACUACUACUCUUACCAACUUCUUACUCCACUAAUCAUCUACUCAAGAUGUCCGCCCCCAUGCCCAACGGAUUGAAACACCACCUCCCUGAAGACUUUGUUCCCAGCGACUUUGACUUUGUGAUUGGCCGCGGUAAGCAAGUGAAGCAGCACAGUGGCAACCAGCGCUUGUACAAUGAGAUUCGUGCCGUUGCCGAUGACUACACAAGUGGUGACAAAGCUCGCAAGUCGUUCCUGUUGAGUCAAUUGGUCAGUCAAGUCUACGAGAACUCUCCUGAUGCUGGCUUUGUCAAGAAGGAUCCUGCUACCGGCCGUUGGUACGCCGUGGAAGAUGCCUUGGCUCGCACAUCCGCCGCUCAAGCCGUCCGUGAUUGCCUGCACAAUCACUACAAGUCCAGUCGUCAGUUCAAGCAGCAACGACGUCGUCAAGCCAAGCACAGCAACUCUCCUGUCAGUCCUGAUCAAGUCAUCAUGAACAUGAACAUGCUUCCCCCUUCCAUGGCUCGAUCCGUCACUCCUGAUGAAGCCUUCUACGCACAUCAAGGCGCUUCCAAGCCUCUAGUCACUUUCCCACUCUCCUCUUCUUCCUGCAAGAAUGACCUCUUUUCCAUCUUGGCUUCGGCAUUUGCCAACAAGACUUGCGAACAAGAAGAUCCCUUUGAGCCUGUCCCCAUUCAAGAACCUGCUCUGCUGACUACCGAUACUAGUAUGAGGAGUAGUCAUGCAAGAGACAAUGGCCGCAGCAAAAUGCAGUCCAUUCUGCACAGCAUUGACAUGGCACUGGAAAUGCCCGUCUCCAACUUGGAGGAUCUUCCAGCUCAAGUACCAGGUUUUCCUGCUAUCACUCCUUCUUUGGAACCACAAGUGGAUGGCCUGUUUGCCGAUUCACUCUUCCAAAUCUAAGCUGCGCAUUCCUCGCUCUGCUAACUUGCUUGCUUUUACUACUACAACAGCCAGCCAGCAGGCGCUAGCUACAUUGCAUAUUUUUUUUAAAAACUUUAUCAUACAUGUACAACUUUUAAAACAAUUCAACGACCAAUCAGUC